AUCAGGACUGCAUAUACCCAGCCUGUGUCAGCCCAUGGAACAUUAUACCUCUUCAUUUUUAAAUAACAUAAUAGUUAUCCUACUCCUUUCAAAAAUUCAAAAACGCUGAAUUGUUCAGUAUACACUAUUUCAAUUUCUCUCCGAUAUACUUCCUGUACACGUCAGAGGGGCUGUGACGUUUGCCACAGUAAAAAGCACUUUCCUAGAUAACGAAACCGAAACUUGCUGAGCAACUGAGCACGAAACGCAGCGGCUGUAUCUUGGUUGCUUAGAAUAUGGAUGGAUACGUCGGGCAACUUAACCUAUUAGCUCAGAAAAAUAAUUUCGAGGUGUCCUACGAGGAAAUCAAUGCGCCUCAAACCAGUGGAAUGUUCGCUAUAACAGCUGUGGUGAACAGUGAAAGGUAUCCUGAGGGACUGGGCCACACUGAGGAGGAGGCAAAGCAGAAUGCUGCAAAAAAUGCGUUAGAGAAACUAUCUGGGGAAAGCAUCCAGCCCAAUGAUUCUAUGAGCAGCCGAACUGAGAACCCCCCACCUGUUAGCAAUGGAUCCUUCAAGUGGGCAAACUACACAUGUUGGCUGAAUGAAUAUGGUCAGAAGCAAAAGGUCAAAGUAGACCCAAAAGAAUCUACUAGAAUUGCUCCAGUCAACGCCACACAGUGUUGCAGGUUUGUUGUUGAUAACAAAGAGUUCCCCGAAGCCUACGGAAAAACUAAGAGGGAAGCCAAAGAGGAGGCGGCCAGGCUGGUAUAUGAAGCGUUGAACCGAGAAACGACCACGGAUCAGGAAGGAGACGAGCCUAGCGUGAGACAAAUCUGCAACGAAACGGACGAGUUGAGUUUGAGCACCACCGAGCCAACCAUGGAGGCAAACUACAUCGGAUUCUUAAACGAAUACUGCCAAAAAAACAAAAAAACCGUCCCUGAUUACAUACAAGUGGCCAAGAGAGGACCACCACACAGUCCUCAAUUUUUUUAUAAGGCUGUCAUCGACAAUAUGGAAUACCCUGAAGGGAAGGGGAACAGCGUUAAGGAGGCAAAGCGGAACGCAGCAAAGCAGGCUUGGGAUUCCCUUCAGUUAAGGAGAAACCCGUUGAGACUUGAAGACUCAGAUUCCAGCAUGUUUGGUUCCCCUGUGUUACGUGUUCCCCAAGAUCCCACAAGCUCAGGUGGCAUUGCGUUUGAGGAUUCCUCUGGUGUCCAAAGCCCAAAAAUGGAAACCCCUGUAUCUAACAAGCCUAAAAUAAGAUUGGCUGUAAAUUUUUCCCAAGUACCAUCUGACAAUAAGCAGGAAACCAGUUUGGGAGCACCAGUACAGAAGCCCCCCGCCCAGCCAUCAAGGUUUUUGCAAGAUUAUGAUACGAUCACACAUAUUGGAAAAGGUGGUUUUGGCCGUGUUUUUAAGGCCAAGCGGAAACUUGAAGACCAGUAUUUUGCUGUGAAGAUAGUUGAGAGCGGGAAAAAAUCUCGCCGUGAAGUUACUGCCUUGAUAAGAUUGCGCCAUUCUAACAUAGUUCAGUACUACUCGUCUUGGGAAGAGGACACCAGGUACCAAUGUGAAUCUUCGGAGAGCACCUCAAAUUCUGGCAGCAACACUGAAAAGUACCUCUACAUCCAGAUGGAGCUCUGUAAAUGUGACCUAAAAACAUGGAUUGAUGAAAAUAAUGAAAAUCAGAAUCCUUCCAGGAGAGCGAAAGCCCUCGACAUAGUCCAGCAGGUGGUUAAUGGAGUGGAGUACAUUCACAAAGAGGGAUUCAUCCACAGAGACCUGAAGCCUGCAAAUAUAUUUGAUCUUGAUGGAAAGGUAAAGAUUGGAGACUUCGGUCUUGUGACAUUUGGUGGAAAUGCCAGUGAUGGGGCUCAGCUGGAAAGGACAGAAAAAAAAGGGACAAGAUCUUACAUGAGCCCUGAACAGAUGGAAAGUAAUGAUUAUGACAGGAAAGUUGACAUAUUUGCCUUGGGACUGAUCUACUUUGAACUUGUUUGGCCCAUGAAAACACGAAUGGAAAAGCAUGAUUUGUGGCCGGGGAUUCGAAAUGGAAAAGAUUUCCCAAAGGAAUUUUCCCGUGAAUACAGUGCAGAGAAUAAACUGAUCAAAAAGAUGUUGGAUCAAAAGCCAUCGGAGAGACCAGAGGCUUCGAAGAUUGCAAGCGGGCUGAAAAAACUCAGCAGCAUCCUCCAGGGAAAAAACAAAGAAGAUCGAGAGAAUAGAACUUUCAUUCAGGAGGAGGAGGAUGGUGUACGAUCGACGGGGGCUCCCAAGAAGAUUCGUACGACACGUAGACGGGUACCUAUGAUGCCACCGUCGGAAGACCUGAGGGCUACCUGGGAGAUGCCCAACGGGGAUAAAGUGAUCUUCCUCUUUGACUAUGAUGAGGAGGAACUGCACAUCUUUCAGAGCACCGAACCCGACUAUCAGUCGAACAUCUCUAGUGUGGACAUGCAGUAUAAAAAUGCCAACGAUGGUAAAGAACGGACCACCUUUAUGAAGUGGGACGUGACCGGGGAGCUGUGGGAGAGAAUGAUGGGCGAAAAUACUGCCAGCGGAGAAAAAUUGGGAAAGCAAGUAUGUGUCUUUUUAAAUAGCAAAGGAGAAGGAGCCAAGGAGCCUGCACUGGCAAUCGCCAAAGGUCUGGGUCUGAAAACAGCCAAAGACAUAAACCCGACUCUCUAUGACCUGCUGCAGAGAGGGCAGCUGCACAAGACAGACGGGAAACCACCACUCUGGUCCCUGACAGCAGAUCCAGAUGGGGCAAACUUACUUCAAUCUGGCUCCCCUGUCCCCCCGAGACAGCAGACCUGCCUGAAAGGAUCAGAGAGCUCCAUGUCCAUGUCCAAGUCUACGUCUAUGUCCAUGUCCAUGUCCAUGUCCAAGUCUACGUCCAUGUCCAUUUCUGAGGACCAUGACUCUGUGCCAAAACAGUUAGAGCUAAAGAUUAAAGAGAUACUCAGGUCACAAGGGGGCGACAGGUGGCUGCACAUCCAGAACAUCAUGAAGAUGCUGAAGCAACCAAAGGGAAACAUUAACUGUCUCCUGUAUGCAAUGAAAGGCAGGGGUGAACUGGAACAAAAUGGGAAGCAGUGGAGGUGUAAAGAUGGAGGUGAUACUCCUGGACACAACUUGAGGUCUUUAGAGGAGUUCUCAGACAUAGAGAAGCUUGGUCGGGGAGGUUUUGGUUCGGUCUACAAAGUUAAGCACAGAGUAGAUGGUAAAUGGUACGCGGUAAAGAUAACCAAGUACAAAGGAGACCAUGAAAAACGUGAAGUGGCGGCACUGGCCAGUCUGGAUCAUCCAAACAUUGUGCGUUACUACACAUCAUGGAUUGGCCCCCAUUACCGGCACGACAAAUCAAACAACAAGGGUUCAAGAGACCCAGAACUGUGUUUAGUUCCAUAUCCAUCCUGCAGUGAAAGCCAGGAAGGUUCUGAAAGCGUGAUAUUUGAGAGGGAAAUAGAUUCAUUCUCCAUUGAUAGUAAAGCUGAUAAAGAGAAGGAACGUGAGGAAGUGGAAUCGGGGCUGGCAGACAUCUGCAUCACCUCUAGUGACCCUCCCUCUGGCAGCAAUGACACAUCUGGACAACAAGACAAUAUGUCCCUCUACAUUAAGAUGGAGCUCUGCACAGGGGGCUCGCUGAAUGACUGGUUUAGAAAAGGAGGAGCUGAACGGACCAAAGAAGAAGCUACGAAGGUGUUUCAGAAAAUAGUCCAGACGGUGGAGUACAUUCACUCCAAAAAUCUUAUUCACAGGGAUCUGAAGCCAGACAACAUACUCUUUGGUCAAGAUAACAUUGUGAAGAUAGGAGAUUUUGGCCUUGCAACAAUGACAUGUGAUCAAUCUGGAAAACCUAUUGAGAGAACAAGGGGAAGAGGCACCAAAACUUACAUGAGCCCUGAACAGGAAAAACAAUCUAAGUAUGAUGAAAAAACAGAUAUCUAUCCCCUGGGACUGAUUUUCUUUGAGCUUGUUUGGAAGAUGAAGACAGUAGCAGAAAGAGCAGAGAUCUGGGACAACCUGCGGAAAGGAAUAUUCCCGGAUGGGUUCACUGAGGAGUUCAUGUCCGAGGGUUCAGUCAUCAAACUCAUGCUGUCUGAGAGCCCUGAGAAGAGACCUCCCGCCUCCACCAUCACGAUGCUCCUUAACAGCCCACAACAGACCCAACGCCUACAGAAAGACAAAAACAGAACAGCCUGAUUUGGGCAUCGCUGGAGUUUCCACUACUACUGAAGACCAAAUGAUGUUUAUGUUUUUGGUUUUGGAAAGUUAUUCUGAGAAACUCUACUGUUCACACUUGAAUAUGCAGCUCUGGAAAGUAUUAAGAGACCACAGCAAAAUUUUUAGUUUCACUCAUUUCAUAAUUUAUGGGUAUGUGUCUGUGUAAAAUAUACAUUUUUUGUAAACUCCAGCCUGGCUCUUCCCUGCUUCUCGUUGAUGAAGGGCUUCUUCCUCGCUUUAUGGGUCUUCAAUCCUGCUUCUAGGAACCUGAGACAAACUUGUCCUAGCAGUGCACUUCACACCACUUAAUUUUUUGAAGGUUGCUUGGUGCCAUUCCCCGAUUCAUGGGAAACUGUCGGAUAAGUUGACAGUCAUCUCUGGCAUUAGAAAGUCACUUCUGCGCUUUACCUGGCUGGUUUCUGGUCCUUCCCAGUGUCUCCUGCUUCACCUUGUUCUUGUGUACUGCUG